AUGUUCCAGUUGGCUGUCCUUCCACUCCUGAUCGGAUACUUAGCCACUGCACAGUCGAGGCUUGCCAUCCAGAACGGUCACUUUGUGCUCAACGGCCAGCGAGUGUUCUUAUCAGGAGGAAAUCUGCCAUGGAUAUACUACGGAUAUGACUUUGGGGACCACCAGUGGGACAAGGUGAAAAGUCAAAUUGAGAAUCAGAUUCAGAUGGUACACAAUGCUGGUGGAAACUCCAUUCGUCUGUGGGUACAUAUCCAGGCGGAGACCACACCAGUGUUUGACCACAACGGUUACGUCACGGGCCCUGACCACCAAGGCACCUUGUUGAACGACAUCAAAAACCUUCUGGACACCGCACAAAAAUAUGACGUUCUUGUCUUCCCCACUCUGUGGAACUGUGCUGUGGAUCAGGACCGAUCUCAUAGAUUGGACGGACUCAUCAGAGACCAUAGGAAACUGCAGGUUACGACUGUUCACAGCGUAGACAAAUGUUUGGACCCGACAAAACUGACAAAUUCCGGUGCUGGAUGGGCUGGGAAGAAAUACAGCUACCAAGACAUGCUCAGGUUAGAAUAUUAUAGUGCUUGUGGUACCCUUGAUUUUUAUCAGUUCCAUUCCUACGCAUUCCAAGGUCAUUUUGACGAAGUGGCUCCUUUUAAGCACCGAGCUAGCCAAUACGGCCUUCACAAGCCGAUCGUGGUUGGAGAGUUCUGGGAAAAAGAUGGCGGCGGUAUGAACAUCAACCAGCUGUUUGACUACGUCUACAACCACGGCUACGCCGGCGCCUGGUCCUGGGACCUCAUGAACCAUGGCGGGAACCAGCGGAAGGGCAUGACCCACAUCCGGGGAUACACGAACCACGGAAAAGUCGCUAUCGACAUCUAAUGUGGGUUUUUAGAGAGGGAUUGGUGAACACUAUGGUCAAAUGCCCCC